GCUUGGAGAACCUGGUCAAGCAGAAUAUGGCACAUACCAGUGGCAAUGUUCAGGUGCAGUGGCUACUAGCAACCUUGCUCAUUGCCAUGUUAGGUGGUGCCAAAGCUAUUGCUUUAUGUGACACAGAGUCAAGUAAACUAAGUGCAUGCUAUGCAGCAGUUACUGGGCAACACCCUCCAAAACCAAGUGAAAAAUGCUGUGAUGUUGUUAAGCAUUCCAAUUUGCCUUGCCUUUGCGGAUACAAGUCUAUCCUACCAGCCUUUGGAUUCAACCCCAUCAAUGCUUUGGCCUUGCCCCGUAAAUGUGGUCUGAAAACACCACCGGAAUGUAGAGUGGUUUGAAGAAUUUCUUGAGAAUCACAGCUAAUUUGAGCACCCUUUAGUCUUUAGUUUGCUUUCGUGUGCUGUAUUCAUGUUGGAAAAGCUUUUAAAUUGGCAUUUUCGUCCCAUCAAAUAAACGAGUAGUUUGUUUUCAAUCUCUGCCUCUACCACUCAAAAUAUCUAGCCAUGUAUCAUGCAACUUCGAUCUGUAGUCUAAUAAAAUGUUAGUCUUUUUUUUUUUU